CGUGCGGGGCGUUUCCGGGAAGAUGGCGACUGUCGAAGUAGCUGAGGAACCGGUAACGGUGGUGGCGGCGGCUGGACCAAAGGCAAAGGACGAAGAGGAGGAAGAAGAGGAGUCACUGCCACCGUGCGAGGCGGUGCGCUGGGCCCCGGUGGGGGCGGUGGCGGAGGCCGGUCCUGGGACUACUGCGUUCUCAGAAGAGGCGGCUACCGAGGAUCCCAGCGCGACCCCGGGCUCCCCUCCCGACUCGCCCGGCCGGACACUGCGGCGGCUGCGGGCUGAGCGGCGGCGGCUGGACUCCGCGCUGCUCGCGCUGUCCUCGCACUUCGCGCAGGUGCAGUUCCGCUUGCGCCAGGUGGUGCGUGGGGCGCCGGCGGAGCAGCAGCGCCUCCUGCGCGAGCUCGAAGACUUUGCCUUUCGCGGUUGCCCGCAUGUCCUGGGAUACUGGGGGCCCGAGGAUCCCACCAGCGACGAGGGCGACGUGCUGCCGGGGAACCGGCCGCAGUUGCGGGGCGAGGACCAGAGUGAGCAGGAGAAACGGGAACGUCUGGAAACCCAAAGGGAGAAGCAGAAGGAACUGAUACUGCAGCUCAAAACCCAGCUGGACGACCUGGAGACGUUCGCCUACCAGGAGGGCAGCUACGAUUCCCUGCCGCAGUCCAUGGUCUUGGAAAGGCAGCGGGUGAUCAUAGAUGAGUUAAUAAAGAAACUGGACAUGAAUCUGAAUGAGGACAUCAGCGCACUGUCCACUGAAGAGCUUCGGCAGCGUGUGGAUGCAGCUGUGGCUCAGAUCGUAAACCCGGCCCGAGUGAAAGAACAGUUGGUUGAGCAGCUGAAAACUCAGAUCCGAGACCUCGAGAUGUUCAUCAGUUUCAUCCAAGAUGAAGUGGGAAGCCCACUGCAGGCAGACAGUGGGCACUGUGAGUGCAAGGCCAGUGGGAAGACAGGAAAUGGCUCCACCAGAACUGGCAGCAACAGACUGCCUUCCGGAAACAGCACAGCAAAGGCAGAAGACGUGAAGAGAGUUCAGGAGACGGGGCUGCACCUGAUGCGGCGGGCGCUGGCAGUGCUCCAGAUGUUUGCUGUCAGCCAGUUUGGUUGCACCACGGGCCAGAUCCCACAGAGCCUGUGGCCAAGGGGCCAGGCUGACAGGGACUAUACCCCCUUACUGAAGAGGCUGGAGGUGUCCGUAGACAGAGUGAAGCAGCUAGCCUUAAGGCAUCAGCCGCACGACCAUGUAAUCACCUCUGCCAACCUCCAGAACCUCUCUCUGGGAGGCAAAGACGAGCUGACUAUGGCAGUGCGGAAGGAGCUGACAGUGGCCAUCAGGGACCUGCUGGCCCACGGACUGUACGCCUCCUCCCCGGGGAUGAGCCUCGUCUUGGCCCCCAUUGCUUGUCUGCUGCCAGCCUUCUCCUCGGCCCCCGAGGCCAUGCAUCCCUGGGAGCUCUUCGUGAAGUACUACCACGCUAAGAACGGCCGUGCUUUUGUGGAAUCCCCAGCCCGGAAGCUCUCCCAGUCCUUUGCGCUGCCUGUUACAGGAGGCUCUGUUGUGACCCCCAAGCAGAGCCUCCUGACAGCCAUCCACAUGGUGCUGACAGAACAUGACCCCUUUAAGUGCAGCGCAGACUCAGAGUUGAAGGCCUUGGUGUGCAUGGCACUGAAUGAGCAGCGUCUCGUGUCCUGGGUGAACCUCAUCUGCAAGUCGGGCUCACUCAUUGAGCCACACUACCAGCCCUGGAGCUACAUGGCGCACACAGGUUUUGAGAGUGCCCUCAACCUGCUUAGUCGCCUUAGUAGCCUCAAGUUCAGCCUCCCUGUCGACCUGGCUGUGCGCCAGCUCAAAAACAUCAAAGACGCCUUUUGAUGAGCAUGCCCUGGCCCUGCCCCAGCACCUUGCUCAAUAAAGACAGAUGGUUAGGCUUCUGAGAUAGGAGGAGAGAGCAGGAGGAACAGUUAAAGAUGUUCUCUCUGGCCAGAUGACUGCCAAGUCUGCCUUCCCUGCUAGCUUGGCAUCUCAGAAAGAAAUUCUGAGACUCUCUUAUAUAAAGGUCCUUCCCUGGUGUGUAACCACAGUGUACAUGUUGCACAUGUAUUUGAGCCUAUACAAAAGAAAUCAGUCCUGGCAUACUGUUAAUGCACCAACUCCCGAUGCCAAGUCCGACUUUUAGAAAGUCCAGGUUUCUCUAACCAUUCUCUUAAUGAUGGUAAGGGACGACGACAUGAGUGAGUUUUUGGUCUGGGAAGACAUUUGAAUUGAGGUUCCUAUAAAUCAAGUUGGGGGCCAGGGUCAGGAGAGGCUGUGUAUGUAUAUUCCGUAGCUGCCUCUAAAGCCAGCAAUGUGGGAAUAUUAGGAGAAUAGCAUUUCUAAGAGCGUUAACCACCAGUUAAUUUUAAUGAGCCCUUUUUCAUACGGAGGUAAGAACCGAAGUCUGCUCCUAAUGAGGUGGUCCCCCUCUCACGGCACAGACAACGACAGUGGUGCGGUUUCAGGAGGGUUUACAAGGAAGGACAUCCACCACCUGGUACCGUGUUUGUGGCAGGUGAUCUUUCCUCUGUGCACCUCCUAACGAGACGCUGGCAGGCUUCUCAGGAGCAGAUGCAUUAGAGGUGUACUUCUCAAGAGAACCCUUGCCACCGAGUCAGGUGUGGCUAGGAAAACACAUCAGUGACCAGCAGUGCCUCCCUCCUGGGCGGAGACUCCCUUUGUCCUGGAGGCUGGAUGAUGGAGGUCUGGUCGUGUGUUAAGCACUGCAGCAGGGGUGGGAACAUGACACGUGGCUGCUGAUGGACAAGGGAGGGGCUGAGCACUUCAUCGUAAAACCGACUCUAGAGCAGUCCCAUUCGGUCCUCAGCGUGUCAGCCGUUUUAGCUCACGUUUGCCAUUCAGCCUACAUACUACUCCAGGACCGACCAGAGUCGGGCAGAGUGUUACCACGUUUUCGGAAACCCAGCAGGCUCCCAGCACUACUGAUUCAGCAUGUUUCAUGUGUUAAAUUGCCAGCUGCACUUUACCUGUGCACCGUUAUUUGGUGCAUUUUAACUUAAUUUUUUUUCAGCAACAUUAAGAUGUAUUGUUGAAAAUUUAUUAGAAUUAGUUUUUCUGUGUGAAGCAGAAUAAAUGUAAAUAUUACGGAAAAUUA